AUGAGCCUGUUCAGUCCUUUUGGGUUCGUCCGUAUUAACGGCGUCCUGGACCUCUCCACCAAAAAGAGCCUCAGCGCAGGCAACCUCAAAACCUUCCCCGGCUUCUCCCCUGAGCCCAGGGUCAAAGGACGUUCCAUUAAAGCGGAACACACCCUGCCAGAGGUGGACGAGGACGGUUUGCUCCAGACAAGCUUGCAGGACGGACUGAGGGAGAACUACGCCAACUCCACCUCCUUCAAGCCGCCAUUGGCCCGCUCGCUGCGUAUCAAGGAAGAGCUCCUCAGCCAGAAGCACCGCCUCCUGAGCCAGCCUGCUGCUCUCUCAUUGGCUAAUUUAGAGUCAGCAGGCUUGCUCAAUCACGCGCAGUCCCUCGCCUUGCUUGGCCAGAAGGGCUCUUCCUCUUUCUGGGGAAGCAAGGCCCACCUCGAAAGCCUGAUGAAGCUAAAGCAGGCCAGUGGAGCUUUGAACGGGGCCCUCAGCGACCUCAAAGACCUGCCUACAUUCCUGGAGAAUCACCACAACCACCACGGAGCCUUCUCCUACAAAAGUUCCCACCACCACAAUCAUGUCUCCAAAGCCCAACACCACCACCACAACAAUGAGGGGAAGAGGGACCAGGGCCACUCGCCUCCUGUCGACCUAAAGAUCCCACAAGUUCGGGGCAUGGAUCUCUCCUGGGACCCCCAUGGCAACGAGCUGUACGGAUAUGGCGCCAUGGGGAUUGGGGGAGGAUGUCAUGGUGAAAACAGUCUAAACCGGAAGCUGAGAGCCAUCCUACCCAAGCAGAACCGCCGGGGAGGAAGUCUUGGAAGCCUUCUGGAUGGCGCUGCCGACUACUGGAGCUCCGACUUGGACCACUCCAGUUCUGGGCCAGCGUACUCCACCUCCGACGCAGAAGGGGACCCCAACUCCAAGCAGCCGAGGAAGAAGAGGGGCCGUUAUCGCCAGUACAACACAGACAUCCUGGAGGAGGCCAUAACCCAAGUGAUGACCGGGAAGAUGAGUGUGUCCAAGGCUCAGAACAUGUACGGGAUCCCGCACAGCACCCUGGAGUACAAGGUGAAGGAGCGCCUGGGAACCUUGAAGAACCCCCCAAAGAAGAAGCUCAAGCUGAUGAUGAAGAUGGAAGCAGGAGGCCUGGAUUUUCCUAUUGGGGAGUCGGAGAACAGGCUCAACGCAACACCGCGAGACGACGGGCCGCCACUGGCUGCUGCUGAGCUCCAGGACAAUGUAAAAGAAGAGAUUGAAGACAAUUUCAAACCAAUCGACUAA